AUGAAUGAGGAAAUCCGCAAAGCUAUCAGUAACAAGAAAAUUGCAUUCUAUAACUGGAAAAAUAACGGAAGUAUUAAUGAUCAGCACAACUACUAUCUGCAGCAAAAGAAACUAACAACUUACGAACUGAGGAAGCAAUGUCGUUUAGAAAUAGCACUUCGAAGAAUAAACGAGAGGCAAAAACUAAUUGAAUCUAAAGUUUCCGAUACCAAAACAUUUUUUAGAAUGAUCAGAAAUCAAAGAGGAAAAAUGUCCAAACAUAUAGAUGAGCUCAAUGUUGAUGGUCAAAUUUAUAACAGCGACAAUCAAAUAAUUAACGGCUGGCACAUACAUUUUGAAGAACUAGCUAAAAAGUCUGUCAAUACAAAGUUUGAUCAUAAACACUUAGAAAAUGUCGAAAAAGAAGUUAAAGUUAUAUCUGAUAUUUGCCAAGAAAGAUAUAUUCAUAUGCAAGUGACUAAUAUAGAAGUAGAAAAAGCAAUAUCAAGCUUGAACAAAAAUAAAGCAGCAGAUAUUUAUGGGAUCACAGCAGAAAACAUUAUAUAUGGUGGUGAAGAUCUGAGAGCUUAUAUAUGUGAACUCAUAAAUAUGUCCUUUAAAUACUGCUAUGUUCCAGACCUACUAAAAAUAGGCACAUUAUUUCCAAUAUUCAAAAACAAAGGAAAUAUUAAGGAUGCUAUUAACUAUCGUGGAAUAACUGUCACUCCAACCUUAUCGAAAAUAAUAGAAAAGAUUCUGAAAUUGAGAGAAAAUGUAAAAAUUAUAGAAUCUCAAAACCCAUUACAAAGUGGAUUCACAGAGGAUACCACCCCAUUAAUGUGUGAACUCAUCAUAGAGGAAUUUGAGAGAGAAAAUAAAGACCUAAAAAGACCAACUUAUUUAGCUAUGCUUGAUGGGAAAUCAGCCUUUGAUGUUGUGGUACAUGCAAAUCUCAUUAGAAGACUAUACCAAAUUGGAAUAUCCGACCAAUAUCUACUAAUGAUACAAAAUAUAUACCAUAAUGCUGCUACAUGCAUUAAAUGGAAUGGUCAUCUUUCAGAACCUUUUCUAGUAGAACAAGGAGUACGUCAAGGUGGAGCUAUAUCUGCUGACUUAUAUAAAGUAUAUGUUAACCCUUUAUUGAACCUUCUGUGUGAAACAGGACUAGGCGGAAAAAUUGGUAACAUAAACUGCUGUGCACCUACCUGCGCUGAUGAUGUCGCUAUUAUAGCAACUAAUCCUCUUGAGAUACAGUCUUUGGUCGAUAUUGCAGUUGAUUUCAGUAGAAGAGAAGGAUAUCUCUUACAACCAACGAAGAGCGUCAUACUGCCAGUAAGAACAACCACAAAAACAAUAGAAACUGAAGAAGGAUUCUGGAAUAUGGACGAUAAACCAAUGCCAGUAGUUAAAACUGCAAAACAUAUCGGAAUACAUAAAUCAGAAAAAAACUCAGUCCUUUUAACAGUUGAGGAAAACAUCAAAAAAGCAAGGCGCACUUUAUAUAGUUUAAUGGGAUCAGGUCUACAUGGGACCAAUGGAUUAGACCCAGAAACAAUACUCACACUAGUUAAAACUUAUGUACUACCAAUUUUAACUUAUGGACUAGAAAUUUUGAUCCCAAAAUGA